AUGAGCGAGCCCGACGACGCUCUGGCUGCCACGGCUGGCGCGGCUGACCAGGACAUUCAACCCUCACUCCGCCGGCGCCCCAUCUCGCACUCGCACGGCGACGACAGCGCGUCCGCAACGCCUGAUGCGGCAGAGGCGGGCCAAAAUGAGUCAAAGGCGGACAAAGAUGCAGACGGACCUAUCGGCAAGACGCCAGACGGCCAGCUGUUUAAGAUUCCCCAGACGCACAAUGUUCUGUCCGGCUUGUUCGACCCGAGGCUCCCCAAGUCGGACAUCGACCUAUUGACCCUCUUCCUCCUCGGCAUGCAAGUCGUCCUCUUCGCCUGGUUCUCGCGCACCUCGUCCCGCAUCUUCUUCGGCCUCUACUUCGCCUUCUGGCGUCUCGCCUACGACGCCGGUCUCGGUUACGUUCUCACCAAGCAAAGCAAGACUCGUUGGAUCGUCAAGACGGUCCAGCGUCAUGGCUGGUUCGACGACAAGCGCAGGCCGGCGAUUGCUCGUUGGGUUCGGAGCGAACUCAAGAAGAAGAUGGGCAAGGACUACGACUUUGACGCCGUUCCUCUCGAGUACAAUGUCUGGAUCCUCUUCCGCCACUCAGUCGACGUUAUCCUUCUCAACGACUUCCUCUCCUAUGUCCUCUUCUCGCUCUCGUACCUCACGCUCGCCGGACCUCCUGGACACUCGGUCCUCUUCCACUUCCUCCGUUGGACUGGCGGCAUUACGCUGCUUCUGUUCAACCUGUGGGUCAAGACGGACGCGCACAGAAUUGUCAAGGACUUUGCGUGGUACUGGGGUGACGCCUUCUUCCUCUCGCUCGAGAGCCUCGUAUUCGACGGCGUCUUCGAGUUCGCCCCGCACCCGAUGUACUCGGUGGGCUACGCCGGAUACUACGGCUUGUCGCUCAUCGUCGCCUCCCCUGUCGUCCUCUUUGUCUCACUCGCCGCGCACGCCUGCCAAUUCGGCUUCCUGCUCUGGUUCGAGAACCCUCACAUCGCUCGCACGUACGGUCAGCGUCGCCCUGUCGCAGCCCGCACGCCUCUCCACCCGAUGGUGUCCGGCCAGGUCUCUGGUGCCGACACCCCGAUCGACGGCACGGCAACCAGCCCCUUUGAGGAGGACAAGGACGAACUGGCGAGCCCGCCGACCAUGAACGGCAGGUUGCGCGCGGCUUCGACCACUUCGUUCCCCGGUUCGACGUUCUCCAAAGAGCCGGAGGAGCCGGUCAGUCGGCACGAUCUCGACAACAAAUACUUCCACCAAGACUUGAUGAUCUUCAAGAACUGGGAUCCGUUCCGCGCCCGCGACCUCGCCUCGAUGCUCGUCCUCAUCUAUGGUCUCGUUCCAGCCCUUCUCCCCUCACUUCCUCGCUCGAUCCGCCUCACGCUCCUCUUCUUCCACGCGCUCGCUUGGCGCCUCUUCCACUCCUUCGGUCUGGGCGUCGCGCUGCAGAAGCAGGGCGAGGGGAAGUGGCUCGUCAGGCACUUCAUCAAGCACUAUCACUACGAGAAGGAGGGCGACGCCAUUCAAGACACAUUCACGAACUGGAAGUCGAUCUACAACCUCUCGCUUUGCAUGACUUACGCCUCGUACAUCGCUCUCGCCUGGGGUUGCUACACGAUCCCGGAGAACUGGACUGUUGGGACUGUCGUCGUUCGGCACACAUUCGGACUUCUUCUUAUCGCGCUGCACGUCUGGUGCGCGACCGAGUCAUUCGAGGUUCUCGGACCGUUCGGCUGGUUCUACGGCGACUUCUUCAUUGACGAGUAUCCUCAUGAACUCUACUACACCGGCAUAUUCCGCUUCCUCAACAAUCCAGAACGCUCGAUGGGCGGCGCCGCCUUCUUCGGUCUCUGCCUUAUCGCCGGCUCGAAGCUCCUCCUCGCUCAAGCGGUCAUCGCCGUCGCCGCGCACUGGUGGUUCCUCAGCAAGGUCGAGAACCCGCACAUGCGCCGCUUGUACGGCAACACGCUUCGCAAGGACGCCGGCGUGACCAAGACGAUUCGUAGCGCCAUCCGCCGUGUCUCGACUCACGAGACUGCCGCCAAGACGGGCAAGGACUUUAUCGAGCGCCUGCAAAAGAAUGUUCGCGAGGUGCAGGGUACGGUCGAGAAGGUUUUCGAGGAGACGGCUGACGCUGUCGAGGAGUUUCUGAACAAAUCUGCCCCGGCCGUCAAGGGUUACGUCGAGGACACCAAGAUCCUGCUCCAGCAAUCGAGCGAGCGCUUCGUCAUCUCGCGCGUUGCGACCGAUCUCGACUCGUACGAUGCCUCGCUGUACUCGCUCUCGCUCGACCCCUCGGCCUUCCCGCCGCUCGUCCCUCACGCCUCAACCUCGUCCGCCCCUUCGCUCCGCUACCACCUCGGCGAACCAAUCGGCGUCAAGUGGACUGCUCCGGCGAACCACUCUCGCCGUGACUGGAUCGGCGUGUACCGUCUCGACGCCAACAAGUCGCGCCUUAUCACCAAGGUCAGCAGUCAGGGCAAGUGGCUCGGUGUCUUCGAUGAGGAAUGGCAGGGCGACAAGUACAAGGGUGUUGGAGAUGGCGAGCCGCCUGAGCAUGGCGAGCUCAAGCCUGAGCAGCGCGAAGGUCACGUUGUCUUCAGCGGGAAGAAGCUUCCCUGGAGGGUCGGCCGCUACGAGUUCCGGUACCACCACGACGGCAAGCACAGCGUCAUGGCCGUCUCGUCGCCGUUCGAAGUCUACGUCGACAAGCCAACCGAUGCCGACGACCCCUUCGAGAUCCACCAUGCCCUGACGCACGUCGUCUCCAAGACUCUCUCGCUCGACCCGGAGACGGUCCCGCAGUCUGCCGAAGACCUCGUCGAGAAGGCUCGUCUCGCUCGUUCGCGACAGGCUACCGCGGCGCUCGAAGCGACUGUGACGGCCGCUUCGCCUGCCGACAAGGGUAAAGGCAAGCAGCCCGCCACUGAAGUUCCACCUUCCGAGUCGCCCGCCUCGCGUUCGGUCAUCCUCUCGGAUCCGGACGACUUUGUCCUCUACUCGACGGAUGAAGCGUCCCACAUCGCCUACGCGAUCAAGUGCGCCUUCGACGUCGAACUCGACAAGGAGGUGGUACUCGCCGCUGCGAACAUCGGCAAACUUGCUGCGAGGAUCAAGGAGGCGAGAAAGGUCUUGGGGAUGAAGCCGGGCGAAGGAGGGACUGGGAUGAAGGCGGAUCUCAAGGAGGGGUAA